CGGCACACUGGGGGGCGGUGUUCGAAGUUGGUUUGUGAUCCGCCAAUAAACAAAAAGAGGAAGAAGAAGAAGGACGAGCCACUGGAGGCGACGGAAGGUUCAGAGGACUUAACGGCGUGUUUCUUGAGUUUUAUAUUGGUGGCUAUCUCCAGUAAUACAUUUAUUUUUCACUGGUCUAGCAUCAGAUAUGGCCCGUGGGCACCAGAAGUUCCAGUCCCAGCAGAAGAAUGCCAAAAAGCAGGCAGACAUCAAGAAGAGCAAAGGCCAUGACCAGAAGGCAGCAGCAAAGGCUGCUUUAGUAUACACGUGCACUGUGUGUCGGACACAAAUGCCUGACCCGAAGACCUUUAAGCAGCACUUUGAAAGCAAACAUCCAAAGUCCCCAAUGCCCCCGGAGUUGGCCGAUGUGGAGGUGUAACAGAUUGACUCCUAUUUCAGUAAGACAGUUGGGGGGCUGAUUCAGGACAGGCUUUUACAGUUUGCAGUGUUUUAGAUAGAAUAUCUCCAAUACAACUUUAAUUAUUCCUCAUGCUGCUUAAUUCACUAAUUAAUGCAGGGACGGUACUUAGCUGCAUGUCCACGGUCACUUUCAGGAUUCAAUGUUUUUUUGCCAGAAUUUGAUCCAGGAUGACUACUGACGGGAGACACACCAUAGCCAGUACCCUCUUUUGGCUUGUGCCAAACAAUGUAUAUAUUCGUCCUAUAUUGUAUGCAAUAUUUGUAUUUCAUUUCAAAAUGUUAUGUUUACAAUACCAACUUGUCCAUGGGCUCUACCACCAUUACAACAUCUCAGGGCACUGUUCCAGGAUGAGCUUUGAGUUCAGAAGGAAAUAUUGUUUGGAAAGAAACUCAAUCAAAACCACUAAUAAUGUGAGUAGAUUCAGAUUUACUUCCAAUGUGAACUGAUUUUAUUUUUUCCUUGCGUAGAUCAUUUCAAAAAUUUCAAGACAAGUCUGUAGUUUUUGAUGAUAAAAAGAAUAUUUUAAACACAUUGUGCGACACGGGUACUGAAAUUGUUCGUUGCAUUUCCCCUUAGAGUUUCAUGUAAUGUAUGUAGUUCAUGUCCAUAGUGUAAUUUUUUCAUACGAGGAAGAGUUGUAAAAGUUGACCACAGAGGGCACUGCAAGUCUUCUAGCAAACCCUUCCAUGACAGUUUCUUCCUCUUUUCACAGAGCAGUGUGUUGACUGCUUAAAACAUUUGAUGAUCUUUGUUCCUGUUAGAAGUGGUCUCUUGAGUGAAUUACAGUCAAAAUAAAAGUUUGCGCUGGGUGUUGUAAAUGAUAACAAUAAUGAGCUACUCCUAUACCCUCAGUUUGUCAUUGUAAUAAGUAUGUGGCAUAUUUAUGUGCAGCACUGAAGUGUUUGAUAAUGAUUUUGUUCGUCACUGUUGUAUUUUGCAGUAUAACCUGUCUCACAGUUGGUAGCAUAUGUGAAAACAAUCCCAAGUCCAGUCUCACACUCUUUAGUGUUAUCCUGUCAUUAUGGUGCAAAAGUAUUUAGACUCUGAACCUGCAUUAAAAGUCUGAACUACACUACACUGUAAGUUAGCUUUGGUUCAUAUUUUUAUAUUGGUUUCUUUUCAUAGCAUGCUAACAGAGAUUUAAUUUAUAGAAAGGAACUAUUUUCAAUACAUUUGGACCUACUGGUCAUUAACCACUGACAUUGUAUCACUGUGCUAAAGUCUGGAAAGAAAACCAGCCAUGUUUUUACUUUUGUAAUAAUAUCUUUGUCCACGCGAUGCAAUGUAUAGCCUUUUAAUAAAGGUGUUACUUUUAUAUUAACUGUCA